AUGGGUGCUUUACUAACAAAAGCAUUAAGGCCUAUAAAGUCAUUUAAUAUUGAAAAUCGAGCUCAUAGAGUAAUAUCGAAAGAAAAACCAGUCCCGGCGCCGAAGUAUGAGGCGAAUAUUGAAGAUUUGAAACGGACGCUGGAAGCUGUUCCCAACUUAGAUGAUAAACUUGAUAAAAAGGAUCCGGCCCUGGAUGAGAGAUUGAAAGACGUUUAUGUAACAUCUCACGGACGUCCGGAGGAUGACAUUACAAGAGAAAAGAUAAAGCAAAAUCCAAACCGGCCACUUCCUCAAGAACGAAGACAAGUUCAGGACUACGAUUUUGGAUUGAAGGAACCAGAUAGGAUUCCAUAUGGACGAACAACCUUAGGCCGGGCUUUAGAGUUUAUUGAAUCCCACCAAAUGAAUCCAAAUGAAGUUACAGCUUCGAAAAUAGCUUUAGAGUAUAAGCUUAAAGAAGAAGAUGUAGAAACAAUUUUAAAAUAUUUCAAGACAUAUGAAAUUUAUAUUCCUGAAACAAAGAAGUCUGCUGCUACAUUUGCUGGACCCGCAACCUUUAGGAGGCAACUACAAAAAUCUGAAAUCAAACAAUUAGAAGAUAGCAAAAAUGAUAAAAUUGAAACAAGAGGUAGUAAUCAGAUGGAAGACAAAGUGUAA